ACUGAGUUCGGCUGCUCGGAGCGUGUCGUCCGCUUGGAACCUCAAGCAGAGCCACUUUAUUCUCAGGCUCGUUAAGUCAUGUCUGAGCCACAGAGAUGGGCAAGAUCGAGAGCAACGAGAGGGUGAUCCUCAACGUCGGGGGCACCCGGCACGAGACCUACCGCAGCACCCUCAAGACCCUGCCUGGGACGCGCCUGGCGCUGCUCGCCGCCUCGGAUUCCCAUGGGGACUGCUUGACGGCGGCAGGGGACCCGCCCCAGCCCGCGCCCCCUCCGCUGUCGCCGCAGCCGCGGGCGCCCCCGCUAACCCCGGGCCCCGGAGGCUGCUCGGGCGGCGGCGCGGGCAACUGCAGCCCCCGCGGCGAGCGGCCGGCUGGCGGCCGCGAGUUCUUCUUCGACCGGCACCCGGGCGUCUUCGCCUAUGUGCUCAACUACUACCGCACCGGCAAGCUGCACUGCCCGGCCGACGUGUGCGGGCCGCUCUUCGAGGAGGAGCUGGCCUUCUGGGGCAUCGACGAGACCGACGUGGAGCCCUGCUGCUGGAUGACCUACCGGCAGCACCGCGACGCCGAGGAGGCGCUGGACAUCUUUGAGACCCCCGACCUCAUCGGGGGCGGCGAGCCGGGCGACGAGGAGGAGCUGGCGGCCAAGAGGCUGGGCAUCGAGGACGCAGCCGGCCUGGGGGGCCCCGACGGCAAGGCUGGCCGCUGGAGGAGGCUGCAGCCUCGCAUGUGGGCUCUCUUCGAGGACCCUUACUCGUCCAGAGCUGCCAGGUUUAUUGCUUUUGCUUCUUUAUUCUUCAUCCUGGUUUCAAUCACAACCUUUUGCCUGGAAACACAUGAAGCUUUCAACAUUGUUAGAAACAAGACAGAACCAGUCUUCAACAGCACAAGUGUCAUUCUGCAGUAUGAAAUAGAAACGGAUCCUGCCUUGACGUAUGUAGAAGGAGUAUGUGUGGUGUGGUUUACUUUUGAAUUUUUAGUCCGCAUUGUUUUCUCCCCCAAUAAACUUGAAUUCGUCAAAAACCUCUUGAAUAUCAUUGACUUUGUGGCCAUCCUACCCUUCUACUUAGAGGUGGGACUCAGUGGUCUCUCGUCCAAAGCUGCUAAAGAUGUCCUCGGCUUCCUCAGGGUGGUAAGGUUUGUGAGGAUCCUGAGAAUCUUCAAGCUCACCCGCCAUUUUGUAGGCCUGAGGGUGCUUGGACACACUCUUCGUGCUAGUACUAAUGAAUUUUUGCUGCUGAUAAUCUUCCUGGCUCUAGGAGUUUUGAUAUUUGCCACUAUGAUCUACUACGCUGAGAGAGUAGGAGCUCAACCUAAUGAUCCUUCAGCUAGUGAGCACACACAGUUCAAAAACAUUCCCAUUGGGUUCUGGUGGGCUGUAGUGACCAUGACUACCUUAGGCUAUGGGGAUAUGUACCCCCAAACGUGGUCAGGGAUGCUGGUUGGAGCCCUUUGUGCUCUGGCUGGAGUGCUGACCAUAGCCAUGCCAGUGCCUGUGAUCGUGAACAAUUUUGGAAUGUACUACUCCUUGGCAAUGGCGAAGCAGAAACUUCCAAGGAAAAGAAAGAAGCACAUUCCUCCUGCGCCUCAGGCAAGCUCACCGACCUUUUGUAAGACAGAGUUAAAUAUGGCCUGCAAUAGCACGCAGAGUGACAUGUGUUUAGGCAAAGACAAUCUACUUCUGGAACGUAAUCGAUCAGUGUUAUCAGGUGACGACAGUACAGGAAGUGAGCCGCCGUUAUCACCCCCAGAACGGCUCCCCAUCAGACGCUCUAGUACCAGAGACAAAAACAGAAGAGGGGAAACAUGUUUCCUACUGACAACAGGUGAUUACACGUGUGCUUCUGAUGGAGGGAUCAGGAAAGGAUAUGAAAAGUCCCGAAGCUUAAACAACAUAGCUGGCCUGGCAGGCAAUGCUCUGCGGCUUUCUCCAGUGACAUCACCUUACAACUCUCCAUGUCCUCUGAGGCGUUCUCGAUCUCCCAUUCCAUCUAUCUUGUAAACCCAAC